AAGCAGGGGUAAAUAUGGAAUUACAUCAAUCAAAAAAAACAAAUCUCCUACCCUAACGACGUCGUUUCGGUCUCUGUUUAUUCACAACUCGAUGGCGAGGAGACGACGUUCAUCGGCGGUGGAGAGUUUGAAACGGCGGAAGGAUGGAGACUCAUCACCUAAUCAAGUCGGAGAACCAGACUCAGAUCGGAGACUCAUCACCAUUUUCGUAAUCUUCUUCAUCGUGAUUCCCGCCGUUUCGAUUGUCGUGUACAAAGUCAAAUUCGCUGAUCGAGUCAUCAAAACGGAACCAUCAAUACGUCACAAGGGAAUCGUUAAAACUGAUAUUAAUUUCCAAGAAAUCCUCACUGAACAUUCCAAGGCCGCAGAGAAUUCAACAACUAGGCACUAUGAUUAUCCAGUGUUAGCUUACAUUACUCCAUGGAACUCUAAAGGCUAUGAUAUGGCAAAGAUAUUUAACUCAAAGUUUACACAUUUAUCACCGGUAUGGUACGAUCUGAAGAGUAGUGGCCAAGGAUCUGGGUUGGUUUUGGAAGGGAGACAUAAUGCUGAUAAGGGAUGGAUCCAAGAGCUUCGAUCAAGAGGAAAUGCGCUGAUAUUACCAAGAGUUGUUCUAGAAGCAAUUCCUGGGGAGAUGCUUAAGAAAAAGAAACUAAGGGAGAAAGCUAUCAAUCUUAUUGUCACAGAGUGCAAGGAAAUGGAAUAUGAUGGUAUCGUGUUAGAGUCUUGGUCAAGGUGGGCAGCUUAUGGCGUUUUGCAUGACCCAGAUAUGCGGAAAAUGGCACUGCAAUUCGUAAAACAACUUGGAGACGCCCUUCACUCAACAAGCUCACUGAGAAAUAACCAGCAACAUAUGCAGUUCAUGUAUGUCGUUGGUCCACCUCGUUCAGAGAAGCUCCAAAUGUACGAUUUUGGGCCCGAAGAUCUUCAAUUCUUGAAAGAUUCGGUUGAUGGGUUCUCUCUUAUGACCUAUGAUUUCUCCAAUCCCCAGAACCCUGGCCCCAAUGCUCCUAUCAAGUGGAUAGAUUUGACCCUCAAGCUCCUGCUUGGUUCAUCCAAUAGCAUAGACUCAAACAUAGCCAGAAAAGUUCUUCUUGGUAUCAACUUUUACGGCAACGAUUUUGUAAUCUCUGGAGAUUCAGGAGGCGGAGGAGCAAUCACCGGAAGGGAUUACCUCACAUUACUCCAAAAACACAAGCCAACUUUUCGUUGGGAUAAAGAGAGCGGCGAGCAUCUUUUCAUGUAUAGAGAUGACAAGAACAUCAAGCAUGCUGUUUUCUAUCCUACAUUGAUGUCAAUCCUUCUACGGCUUGAGAAUGCUCGUCUCUGGGGUAUCGGCAUUUCAAUCUGGGAAAUCGGACAAGGUUUAGAUUAUUUCUUUGAUCUAUUGUAAGUUCCAUACAUUGCAUCAUGUUCUGUUUUCUUAAUGUUAUACUUGAUCCUCUUUGUUCACUUAAUCAAAUGCUGAGGAACCUUUUGUAGUUAGUCUAGUCUCUGUUUUUUGUGUUCUGGAUAAAGGACAUUUUGGUAA